AUGUCCUACUUGAAAACGCCUGCAACACUUUUGAGUAGUCACUGGCUCCCUUUAUGAAAACUGGUCAUACUCAUUUGUUUGCUAGAUAUUUAUGUCUGCUUAGAAGUUAUUGUGAUCUACGAAAAAAGCAAUAUCUUUAGCCCAAACUUCUUAUUAGGCUUAUCAGAAGAGCUUAACACCCUUUUUGAAUGGCAUGAUUGCGAAUAUCCUGAAACUUUAAAUUGCUUUAAUUCAUAUGAGAACUCUAUACUUAUUUUAGACUUAACAGAUCGUAUUGAAACGCAGAUUUUCGUUUUAAAGUUAUGCGAAGAGAGAAAAAUUCCUCAUUUAGUGUUUGAAAAUAAGUUGAACUAUACUGACCAGUUAACUUUUUCGAUAUCACCAUCUCCUUCAGAUCAAAUAAGUGCUUUCAUUUCUGUUCUUCGCUAUUUCGGGUGAACCCAAGGUUUGGUGAUAAAUGAUAAAUUUGCAAGUCCUUUAAAAGAAAAUCUUAAAAAUUACUCAGACUUAUUUUUUCAGUAUCCUACCGAUUUCUGUCCACACAUUACUAAGCACAUUCUUUAUUUUUUGUCUAAAAUGCGAAAAUGCUUCAAUAUUUAGAAAAUUUUAAUUUUUUAAAGAUUGAAUCUGGUGCAAAUAUCGAUGAGCUAGUCAAUAGAGUGAUUACUCCUUUAGGCACAAAUCUAUACUACAUUUUCUUGAGCACUUCUAAAUCUUAUAAAAUACAAAAGGCUUUGAUAUCCACUAAACUUUUAUCUAGUGGAAAUGGGGUUGUUUUAGAUCAGAAAAGUGGAUAUGAAUGUAUAAUUGAUGGAGCCUUGAUAAUUACUGUAAAAGGGCAAGAAUUCAACACUUCAGACGAGGAUUAUAUGAAAGCAUUGAUUGAAAGUGUAUUUUCUGAUAUAUUGAAGAGUGUUAAAAAUGAAAGCAGCCUUGAAAUCCUUUCUCAGUUAAAAUUUCUUUUAAAAAAACAUCACAUCAACAGAGACUUUUCUUUAAUCAAUAUUCAAGGCGGCGAAAGAGUUAUAGUUGGAGAAAUUUUUAAUGAAAAAUUAUCAAUUUUCAGAAAUAUCACUUUUCCUGGAAAUUCUGAUGAAAUUCCCAGGUCUGAGAAGAAAAUUUUACGCUUAAGUAUUGAAGCUGGCUCUUCAAAUCCAACAGGACCAGGGAUUUUUAUUGGUUUGGUUGGAGGAUAUGGCUCAUACGCAGCUCAGGAUAUAAUUAACGAAAGUGGUUCUGGCUUACUCACAAAUUUUCAAAUCGAAUUAUUUAACUUUGACUGUGGAGCAACAAUUUAUAAUGCUACGUUUGCAAAUGCAUGCUACCUAAAAGAUAAAGAAAAUUUUGGCUAAUUUUCCUCAAUAAUAAUGAACAUUUUUUAAUCAAUUGCUGCAUUGAUGAGAUAUAUAUAUUUAUUAUUAAUAUUUAAUUAAUAUAGAGAAAAUAACAAAAAAUUUAUAACUCCUCCCUUGGUGAGUGAGCAAAAUUUUUUUUGUUCGAUCAAUAUUUUUUUCUGAAAGUUAAAAAUUUCCCAAUUCGAAAUAAUUGGAAAGCAAAUAUUAAUUUAAUUUGUAAAAAUUUUUGUUUUAAAAUGAAAUCUGUUUAAAAUUAAAUAAUUAGCUAGAGAUUUCAUUAUAAUAAUUAUUACUUAUAUAUCAAAAUAUUUUUUCAUAAAAAAUUUUAUAUUAAAAAUCUUUUGUUCGAUCACAGAGAUGGGUUUUUAAAAAAAUUGGGAUUUUUUCCCAAUGUUUUGUUCGCUCAUAGAAGGGGGAUUAAUUAUUUAAUUUUUUAAAUUAUAUGAAAAAUAAUUUUUAUGAUCUGUGCUCCAUGAUAAUUGUCGGCAGUGAGGUCACAUCUCAGCUUGAGGAUCAGUAAUGACAGUUGGCUCAAUGGUCUCUUUCAAAGAACUCAAUUUGACUUUUCCAAUUGUAAGUGCUUCAAAUGGAGAUGCAGGACUUAGCUCAAAGGCUAAUUACCCUAUGUAUAUGAGGGUCCAGCUUUCAAACUAUUACGCAUUCUCAUUACUUCCAAUUUUUAUCAGAGCUUUGGGCUGGCAUCAAGCUUCAGUUCUUUACCAAAAUGAUUCCUGAGGAUUAUCAGCCUAUGAUUAUUUAACCCGAGGUGCGAAUAAUCAGCACAUACAAUUAAUCAAUUCAGAAGGCUGCAGAGCUAUUCCACCAAAUCUUGACAGAGAUGGUGUUAAAAAUUAUUCACACCUCCUCCAAGACAUCAUUGAUUCUCAGGCAAGGUUUUUUAUUCCACUUGUGCAAUUUCCAGCAAUUUAUUAUAACUUUCUAUAUAAAUUAUUUGGUAAGCUAGAGGGUCUUUAAAAGAGUAUUACAUAUCAAAGCCAUUUUUCCAAUAAGAGAUAUAAAAUAAUAUUUGUAUAGAGAAUUAUACAUAUUUGAAGAAUUUUAUGAUUUAGGACUUAGAAAAGGAGAUCUUGUUAUUUCAGCACCGCUUGCAGAUAUUGUUCCACUUAUAGGAUAUGACAACGCAUAUACAUAUAAAUUAUAUGAAACAGGAGUUCCAAUGGUAACUAUAUAUGGCCAAAGUUGAGUUGGGCCACUUGGAGCCAAAGCAUCGUCACAGAUAGCAAAGGUUUAUGAUAAUCAAAAGAACUCCUAUAGCUGCUUUUAUUUCGACUCAGUCUUUUUGAUUGCUUAUGCUUUGGAUUUUAUGAUAAACAGAGGACUCGAUUAUACUAAUUCUACUAAAUUGCAAGAAACUAUGAGAAAUCAACAAUUUUAUGGAUGCACUGGAGAGGUGAUGAUUGAAAAAGGGUCAAAUGAUCGAAUUUUACAAACCUUAGAAAUUUUUGCUAACAAAUUAGAUGAAAAUGGAAACUUGACGACUUAUAUUGUUGGGCAGUUUAAACCUCAAAGCACACAGAUUAUAAAAAUCCAAGAAUCUUUGGUAUAUGCAGAUGGAUCGACAGCUAAGCCAACAGAUCUAAGAAACACAGAUUAUAAAUGCCCUUUUGCUACUAAGCUUGUAAGAACUUUUGCAAAAGGGAGGGCUUUAAUUUUUGGAAUCUGCUUUGUUCUUACCUUAAUUUCUCUCUGCAUUACCAUUUAUAAGGCAAUACGAAAGUAUCCCGAAACAAAACCAUUGAUAUAUAAGUGAUAUUAUUAUAAUGAAAUCUUAUCUAAUUCUGUUUUAAUUUUAAGCAGCUUGCAUUUUAAACAUAAAUUAUAAUAUAUUAACUUUCGAUAUUUGCCAAUGCCCAUUUAUAUAUGAAAACGAUGGUGAAAAAUCUCAGUUGCUCCUUUAACUGUGAAAGAAGAAAUUUCAAUGCAAGAUUUUAUCAUCGGAGCAACGAUUGUGGUUGAGUUUUUUCAAUUUUGCUCGAUGGGACCAGAUUUUUCUCCUAUAAACUACACAUUGGCUGAUAUAAGCAAUACCUUUUCUUUGAGUGUAGACAAAGCUUUAAAUCAGCGGAACGGAAUUUUUUGAAUAGUUGUUAAUGCUGUUUUUGGAUCAAUAGGAUUAUGAGUAAUUCUAUGUCUAGUUGUACUUCUACGACUAGAUGAAAAAUUUCCUACGAAUUUUAUAUUUCGGAAUUUAGAUGCCUUUGCUGAUUACUUUAUGCCUAUUUUAGGCGAUUUGUGCUUUAUUCCUUUUAUUUCAGUAUGUCUUGAUAUCUUCAUAUGUGAUCAAUCAAUUGGAAAUAAUUUUACUGAUAGCUUUCUUGCUCAAGAUUGCUAUUAUUUUUGCUGAAAAGAUGAGCAUUUAGCCUAUGCAAUUUGUUCUGUGCUCGCUUUAAUAGCUUAUGAGCCUCUUGCAGUAUUCUGUAGACCUCUAUGACAAGAAUUGCAGCCUCUUUUGCAUGUAAAAGCAACUCCACUCUUUUUGAUGGUAAAGACAAUGGCUCAAAUAGCCUUAAUUGCUAUGAACAAGACAGUAAAAAGAGCACAAAGCACUCUUCAUGGUGGUCUCUUUAUAGCUGUGAUGAUUUUUUAUAUUAUUUUUUUAUUUAAAUUCAAGUCCUACAAUUACUCAAGAUUCAGCUUGUGGCAAACUUUAGUUUCAAUUGCAGUUGUCUGGCUUGCUUUUCUCUCAAUACUAGCUCAGUGAACUGGAGGCAACCCAAUAAUAAUGACAUCUAUUUUAAUUUUAGGAUUAGUAAUUAUAGCCUUGAUUGGAUUUAUAUAGUAUAUGCAUGCUAACAAUGCUUAUCAAUCCACAAUAUUCGAGAUAAAUCCGAAUUAAUUUGGCCAGCUAUGUAAGUCGAUUUACUCAUCAAAUGCCAAUUAAAUAUUUGAUUGGAAAAUUUAUAGUUGGCUUUGGCAAUCCCAACAGCUUCUAUGGUAUCAAUUAGUUAUCAUCUAUUAGUGCUCUUUGCUAUAUAUUCAGCAUAAAAAGUAUCCAAGCCUCCUAUUCCGUAAAAAAGGUCAAGAUGAAUCAAAUUUGUUCAAGUUUGCAUUUACUUUUGGCAAGACUUCUAAACUUGCUUUAUCAAAAAUUGUUCCAAGCGGAACAUCAAUGUCAUCUCCACGAAAAAUUGAAGAUCCAAGCCCUUAA